AAUUCAAUAGGAACAUGAGACACAUUAUGAUGUUACAAUGAUAUCUGACAAUAAAUAAAUAUUCCUCGCUCGCUAAUGUAUUGUCCCGUCUGCCACCACUGCACGGACCACGCGCCGCAUAUAAAAUGCAGAAAAUUGUGAUUGUGUUUCACCUCUGCCAAGGGCCAUUACAUUGCGCUUUAUCUCGCACGGGGACUGGUUUACUGCAAUGCCAUUCCAGUCGCUUUCGAACUCAUUGCGAGCGUAAAUGAACCAAAAAGAAGGGUGUCGCCGCGUCCAGACAUUAGUUAUGUGUACUGCAGCUUUAUUUGGACUGACUCCACAAAACAAGCAGGUGUGUGGUUUCACUCGGGCAGCCGCCGUAGUGUGCGCUGCGUCUCUGUCUCAGAUCUGUGUGGUGGACUUAAAUUUGAGCGCUCAAGCUCUCGCCGUCUCCCGUGGACAGAUAACGUUCGCUACGAAGCAAUCCGAUUUCUUUGGAUGACUUUUUCCGACCACGGAGCUAGGACCGAGCGACCAUUUAGAGCAUUAGGACAAGGAGAGAUCUUCAGCAUGAACACAGACGUCUGGAGGACCUGCGCCGCCCCCGAUGGCCUGCGGAACGGGGACGCCAGCACUUCCUCCCUGGCGGCGAAGGGUUUUCGGAGCGUCCGACCCAACCUGCAGGACAAGAGGUCCCCGACCCCGGGCCAGAUGGCGGUGAACGGGACCCUGGGCGGCGGCAGCAGCCCCCUCAGCCACCUGCAGAGGCCCUUCUCCCCUCCGGGCUACCCCCCGCCACCCCCGUCUCUCAGCCCCAGUAUGGCUCUCCUGCAGCAGGGCAGGAGCACAGAGCCCUCCGAUUACUCAGACGUCCUCUCCCCUGGCCACACCCACAUCCAAUCGAGCGCCACGCCCACCUCCCGCUCCCCGGACGAGAAGAAGGCGUCGGCGAUCAAGACGCCCCUCUAUGCAGGCUCCAGCCCCGUGGACGAGUCGGGGGUCCCCAACGCCGUCAGAACGACAGUGGACAGGCCAAAGGACUGGUAUAAAACCAUGUUCAAGCAGAUUCACGUGGUUCACAAACCAGAUGAUCAACACGCUGACGCAUAUAACGCCAUAUAUUCAGUCGUAAACACAGACAGCUACAGCCCGUCGAACCCGGUCCAGGCCCAUCCCCCGCCCAGGACACACACCUACCGGCCCAUCUGCAAGAGCACGUCCGACAACAGCAACCUGGCCUUCAGAGAGCCCCCCCUCUUACACCCCACGCCCCCCCUCGUACACGCCUCUCCCUCGCCCGUACACCCCGCACCCUCGCCCCGGACCGUCCCGCCGCAGACCCAGCCGAGACCGCGCGACGCGGACAGAGCCACGCCCGAAAUGAAUGAAUGGGGGCCUCCAGACCGAAAAGUGGACACUCGGAAAUAUCGCGCCGAGCCCAGGAGUAUCUUCGAAUACGAGCCGGGGAAGUCCUCUGUUCUGGAGCAGGACAGGCCGAUUAAUGACUUAAGCCCAGAUGAAAUAGAUUUAGAAAACGAACCCUGGUAUAAGUUCUUUUCUGAGCUGGAGUUUGGACGCCCGCCUCCUAAAAAAAUUCUGGAUUAUAAUCCAGACAGCUCGUCCUGGGGCUUCACAGAGAUGUCCGUGUACCCCUCGCCCGUCGACAGGAUUCCGGAACGGGCGUCGAGCUCGGCCAGCGACUACAGGAAGAGGAGGAAGUCGGAGCCGGUGGUGGCACAGCCCCAGCGACCCCAGAGCAGCCAGAACGUCAUUCAGAGCCCCUCCCCCCGCCCCGCGGACCCCCACAGGACCGGCAGCUACCCCCGAAAACCAGUCACCAGCUCCUCACCCCCGUCCCCUUCCAGAGGGCCUUCCAAAGGUGGGGUUAUUAGCAACGCGCACUCGCCACAUUUAGGUCGUUCAGGUCCCACCCACAAUGCCUCAGGUGAGCCGGGUCCCGCGCGCCGCGGCGACGAGCGCUUGGCCGCCGUCCCGCCGGGGUCCGAGCGCUCCUCCUGCUUCCGGAACGGCUGGCAGAGGCACCGGCAGGACGCGGAGAUCUGGAGCAGCGCCGAGGAGGCCGCCUCCCCAAAACUGAAGUCCCGGAGCUGCGACGACCUGCUGGGGGACGAACAGGGGGGCGCGGGCGGAGGCGGGGGCGGGGGCGGGGCGCAGGCUCGGUCCGAGAGCGUGGGCUCGCUCACGCACGAGGAGGUGCCCGACGGGUCGCCCCGGGCCAACGGGGAGGGCUUCGAGCCCCAGAGGCCCAAAUCCCGGCACCGGCCGGCCCACGACGCGCCGGGCUUCCUCAGGCUCUACCGGAAGAUGCACCACAUCAACCGCGAGGACCUGCUGGCCUCCGAGGUCAUGUGCUCCGUCAAGUCCCGCAUCCUGGAGUACGAGAGGGAGAGGAGCGCCGGCGGAGGUCCGGGCUGGAGGGAGCUCGGCGAGGAGGUGCCGCGGGACAUGGUGCCCAACCGGAUCUCGGAGUACGAGAGGCUGAUCCAGAAGUCCAAGUCCAUGCCCAACCUCGGGAAGGAGGCGCUGUCGGAGGGGGGGACCCCGGCCUCCUCCAGGAGGAGCAGCUGCCCCAAGCACCGCUUCUCCAUCGAGUUCCUGCUGGACGAGGACCCCCCGAGCCGGAACCCGCCCGAGGGUGAGCCGCAGUGCCCCGGGGGCAGGGGUCCCGCGCCCGUCCACAUCCAGGUGACGGACGGGCACGGGAUUCACGCCGCCGCCCGGCAGGACUACUCGGACAGCGACCGCGAAGCCGGCGGGUCAGACCUCAGCGACUUCAUCCAGGUGGAGGGGUCGUCCUUCUGCAGCGAGAGCGACCUGGACCACUGCUCUCUCACCUCCUCUGAGAGCUUCUGUGGCUCCGGGUACAACCCCCACCACCACACCCACCACCACCACCAACACCAUCACCACCAUCGCCAGCUGGUCAGCUCCUGCAAGGGGCACUGCCCGGCCUCCUACACCCGCUUCACCACCAUGGUCAGGCACGAGCGGGCCCGGCAGGAGGGGGCGCGGCGCCUGAAGGCCGAGGACCCCGACUCCGGCCUCUCCAAGCUGGCCUUCCUGGUCAGCCCGGUGCCCUUCCGGCGGAAGAGGGGCCCGCCCCCCCAGAGGCGAGCGCCGAGGCCCAAGUCCAAGAGCUCGAUGUACGAGGCCCUGGACUCGGCCCUGAAGGACAUCUACGACCACAUCCGGGCCGAGAAGAGGCGGGGCAGCCUGCCGGACAGCAGCAUCCUGCACAGGCUCCUGCUGGAGCUGCUGCCGGACGUCCCGGAGCGGGGGUCCUCGCUCAGGGCGCUGAGCGGGCGGCGUCUCGACCCGCCGCGCCACCCGCAGCCUGACGGCACGCCCGGCCACGCCCCCUACCCGCCCGAGAGCUCGCGGCUAGCCUACGGUGCCUCCUCCCACCGCCAGCACGCGGACAGCAGCAGCCGCAACCACGGCAACGCUAACGUGCUAACGUGCUAUCAAGAUAAGGACGCCUCCCGGGGAUACUCCUAUCCAGAGGUGGGGCGACACACUCCCCAAAACAGAAGACCCACCCCAGACAGAGAAAAACAGCCAGCCAGAGCCAUAUAUGACUUCAAAGCACAGACAGCAAAGGAGCUGAACUUUAAGAAGGGGGAGACGGUGCUCAUCAUCAGGCAGAUCGACAAGAACUGGUAUGAGGGAGAGCUCAGAGGACGGGUGGGGAUCUUCCCCAUCUCUUAUGUGGAGAAGAUCCUGCCCACUGAGAGGAACCAGCCAGCCAGGCCUCCUCCGCCCGCGCAGGCCAGAGAGAUCGGGGAAGCCGUCGCCCGCUACAACUUCACCGCCGACACUAACGUGGAGCUUUCUCUCAGAAAGGGAGACAGAGUGGUCCUGCUACGGCAGGUGGAUCAGAACUGGUACGAGGGAAAGAUCCUGGAGACGCAGAAGCAGGGCAUCUUCCCCGUGUCCUACGUGGACAUCGUCAAGAGGUCCCCCGCCAAAAGCCCCGGCCCCCACACAGAGCCCCCCCUGCCCCACAGUCACUCCAGCGACCGGAUGCACUCUCUGAGCUCCUCCAAGUCUCAGCGAUCGGCGUACGCGCAAGACGCUCUGCACUGCCAGGGAGAACCGUUCCAGGCCAUUUACAACUACACCCCGCGCAACGAGGACGAGCUGGAGCUCAAGGAGGGCGACGUCGUUGACGUGAUGGAAAAAUGUGACGACGGCUGGUUUGUCGGAACAUCAAGAAGAAGCAAGUUUUUUGGAACUUUCCCGGGGAAUUACGUGAAGCGUUUGUAACGUUGUUGAUACUCGCCGACCUGCUUGACUUCUUCGGGAGAACCGAAAUGGAUGUGAACAGCUACAGAGGAAGAAGGAACGUCACAGACGCGUCUGUUUUACACUAAAAGACAACUAUAGCUAUAACUAGCCAUCUUCGUAGAAGACUAUUCCAGCAAUCUUUGAAGUAAUUUAUAUUCCAGUCAGUAUACGUUGAGCGUCCGAAUGCCGUCAUCUCCAGGAUCUGAAGGAAGAAGCGAACUGCUCCCCGCGAUGUGAGGAUAAUCAGUGCGUCUCGUGUGUCGUGUUAAAAGUAUUUCACCGUAUUAUUUUGCUGGCUGUGUCUGCCGAUAUGCAACAAGCGGAAAAGGGGUGAACUGCGAAUGUUGUUUGGCGCAAUGUGAGGCGUUCGGUUCGUGAAUCAAAUCUACGGGACGGCCUGCCUUGUGCUCACGCCGAAAGAUUUUUUUUUUAAACUUAAGGACAUACCAAGUGCCCCGUUGCCUUUCUGUUCAUUUUGGGGUACGCUGUCACCUUUCUCUGUGCGGAGGGAAGGAUUGCCUUGGGUCAGACAGUGCAAAGACCAGAGGCUGAAGUUGAAGCUGAACGGACAGAGACUGAAGCAGUAUUGCAGUGUUGUGUUAGUGCCAGAAAAAUGGUUUCCUGGGAAACCAUUUGUAUAUAUUCUGACUGACGUAUGUAGAAAGGGUGGAUUGCAGUAUCUUCACAUUUGUUGCACCAUCUUUAUGCCGGAUCUUGUGUAUUCAACCUGACAGUAACUGCCUGGUCAAGAACAAACUUCACCAACUUGUUUCUUUUUUUUUCUUCUUCUUUUUUUUGAUCAUAGAUUUCUGAAGGCAAUUUUAAUAAUUUAUCAUGACUGGGUGAACAUUACAUGUCCAUUACCCGUCCUAUAUCUCUCAUCCCUCUAUUUAAAAAAAGAAAGCUAUGGUCAUUAAGGUCUAUAUUAGUAGGGUGUCUCAUUUGUGUCUUCAGGCUGUAAUAAAUGCCUGACACAUUGAGAUGCUCUGGCUGUCUCCCAUGAUGCAGUAAUUUAUGAAACUUGGGGGGAAAGGGGGGGGGGGGUGGAAAAUUCUUUUUCCCUCCUAAUAUCAUUUCAUCGCUCGCACCUGUCACAUAUUUUCUAUGUUUCCCUGUAAUUGAUAUGGCUGAGGAAAAUGAAGUGUACUUUAAUUUUUUUUAAACUGAAUUAUUUUUAUUUGAUCAUGUGGGGGGAAAAAAAAACGUAUCUCUGCAGAUAUUUAAUAUAAUAUUUUCAUUGCGCAGGCCUCCACUGUCCAGCUGUCUAAUGUGAUAUGUAUGAAAUUAUUUAUAAUAACAUUUUGGGAGAGAAAUUGAUUCCCCAAACCUUUAUUUAACAGUGUUCAGUUUGUGUUGGAAUUCAUUUAUCUUUAACUUUUCAAAAAUGGUGACUGUUACUGAAGACGAAGUGUAAUACAGGAAGGAAUUUACCAGCAAAAAAAUACACUCUGCUUACAUUUAUUUGCAUAAAGGAACCAUAGUUUUUGUUAAAUUUUCCUGGUUAUCUGCCUUUUUGUGUUAUGCUUCAGAAGACAUACUCAGAGGUAUGGGGUCGGCUGUUGUAUUGAUGAUGAUGAUGACGGCGAUGAUGAUGAUUGGUGAUGACAUACAAAACUAUUGUUUAAGCACCUUAAAAUGUUUUUCUUUGGGGUUUUUGCAUCAUCCUGUUGCCUGAACAUGAACGUGAUGUCUUCAGCUUCUUGUACAUUUCUUGAAGCCGUAAAUCUGCGGAAUUCACAGAAGUUCUACAGAGUCCCGCUCACCCAGUGUUGGCUUCUGCGCUGCACUGGGAUUUUGCAACCCCAGGUUUAUUUCACCAUCCCUUCCCACCACACAGGAAUCCAGAGGGGUGUAACCUCUGGUAACUUAAGUAAUAAAUAAUGAAAGUGCAGGCAGUAUAUACCAGCAGCGAAAGUGAUGUCAAAAGCAAAUAUGUGUGUGUGUAUGUGUAUAUAUAUAUAUAUAUAUAUAUAUAUAUAUACGUAUAUAUAAGGAUGCAUGGAAGAGUACUUCAGUUCAAUUCAGUUUUAUUUGUAUAGCGCUUUUUACAGAGAACUGUCACAAAGGCGCUUUACAGAGUACCGAGGCAAGAAACUUAGCGGAAAGAGCGAAUGGAGGAGACACCAGACCUGAACCCCCAAAUAGCAAGCACAUGAGCUAAAAAAAAAAACUCCCAGUGGGGGGAGAAAACCCUCAAACGGUGGUGAGGAAAAAACUCCCCAAUGGGAAGAAAUCUCAAGAGGAACCCGGCUAUAGAGGGGGAGCCCAUCUUCCACUGGCCAGCCUGGUGUAAAAUAGCGGCAGAUGGAAUGUAGCAGAAAUGCUACGAGGGAUCUGAUGUGAAGUCUACCUUUGACACAGACGCCAUUUUGUGGACCUACAGUGUCUCACACGCAGGAGCCUGCCGUUUUCACGUAGACUGAACACAGACUGCGUGCGGCUUCGCUGUGAGGUCUCCACUGCUCUCUGUGGGCUCGGUCCGAAUGGCCCAGCAGCCCACAGCCAUCCCUCACCACCUGGAGCUCUUUUCAUGAUAAACUGUCUGACUAUCCGAAGCAAUGCGGUGACAGUCUCUCUAUCAACGUUUUCUAUGUUUGGGUUUUUUUUUGUUUUUUUUGCGGAAUUGUAUGUCUAAUAAAUACUGCCUGAUAUACUGCUA